AUGCGAACAGAUAGAGGAGGACCUGAUCAACUGAACACGAAACCGGAAAACGUGGCUUUAAGGGUUUUUUUUUUCCGCCGAAAAACUACCCGAUUUUUUCACUUUUGAAGGUCUGAAAUCAUUGAAUUUCCGCGAAAAUCGCUAUUUUUCUGUCUAGUCUCAAGAUUUGUAUUGCAAAAACGACGACGAAAUCGGUUCGGCGAAAGGGAAGAAAGAGGGGAAAAACAAGGAGAAGAAGUGGGAAAUGUUCACCUUCUCCUUCUUCUUCUUCUUCUUCUUCUUCUCCGUCUUCUUCUUGUUCGGGUCUCAUUAGAGCGCAUGUUUACUCUUUUUGAGCUGAAAAUGGAGGAGCAUUCUGGGGAAAACAGAGCACGCACGCUCAUUAGAGACUGACUUUUUUAUGUGUGCUCCAGCAGCGCCGGCUCUUCUUUUUCAGAGUCCCAAAAGGCGAAAGAGCACGAAGAGCCGAUGGAUAGGCCUCUCAUCGAGAAUUUAUGAGCAAAAAGAGCGAGAGGAGGAAUGAGCUCUAUAAAAUGAGGAUGAGCACAAGGGGUUAUGAUGCACCAUGUGGGAGAGGGGGGACUUGGAGCUAUUUGGGACAUUUCUUCAAAAUUCAGAGAAAAAAUCCUUCAACAACAGAGUGAAAUUUCAAAAUGAAUCCUCUUUCACAGAGAUCAAAAACGUUCGAAAGUAGGAAGCUGACACAGUCAUUUUUUGCAGGACACUACGGGCAAGAAGGCGGAAGAGGAAGAGGAAGCGACAAUAGUCGAUUUGGCGCUCAAAAAACAGACAAUAAAACAGCUCUUCGACGGCUGCGACACGCUCUCCGAGGCCAGGUAACAACUAGCAGGGACCACGGGCCCGGACAGUUGGCGCCGACCCGCUUUUUGUCACGAAACGACGAGCCGGUGCCACCCCCACACACGAAGAAAAUUGAGGCGGAAUGCACGGGCACUGGGUCGGGCUUUCUCCGCCGAAUUUAUACUUUGAACCAACUUUUUGCGAAAAGCGUUUUGCAGAUAUCUCCUCCAGCACUUGUUCGAUUUGUGCAUUGACAAGGCGGCUCUGGCGGCUAAAAUUGAGGCUCAAUUCAAGGUUGGUCUUCUUUUUCUUUGCCCACAAAUUUAUUUAGAAAACGCAUUCAAAAUAUUAUACUUCCCAUAAGUCUGACUGCAAAUCUGUUAGGGGGGAAUUGAAUGCGAAAAUGUAAUCAAAAGUGGCCAAAAGUGAUAUUAUGAAAAUGCGAAAGUGUGCGAGUGUCUGACGCAAAUCCCCCCUCUCCGUUUUCACUCAAAGUAAUCAGGCGAAUUUCCGCGUUUUUCGGCCCGACUGGUAAAAUUGAGGGGGGCGCGGAAGGAGAUCGGCAUUUCUUAAUAUACUGAAGAAAAAGCAGGGCUGGGCAUAUUGCGGCCCAGGCUUUUUAAGGCCUGAACUUUUGACCCACUUGCAAUGAUCCAAUAGGGACCAAACUUUGCAGGCUUCUUGGACAUGGAUGGAAGUAUAUUGGGUCCAAGUGUCAGACCGAUCCGAUCAUCCGGUUCCGAGAUAUGUGGAUCAGAAGACCGGGCUUUUGCGAAAUUUCGGACGAUCGGUCUGAAAUCCGGACUCAACAUACUUCAGUGCAAGUCCUGCAAAAUUUGGGUACGAUCGGAAUUUCUCAAGCGGCUCUUUGAUGGUCACGUGCUGGGCAGUAAAAUUGCAACAAUUUUGUGAGCCGCAGCACACAUGUAUAGAUUAUUUAUGUUCGCCAAAAGAGAGCAUUUGGAGAGCAUUUGAAAUGAGCCGAAGGAUGGAAUUUUGAAUGAAAUUGGUGGAAGAAUUGCAAAAUGAUUGGGAUGAAGAUGGGAGGAAAUAGGGAAAGAGGGGUUUUGCCGUAGAAGAAUCUAGUGAUCAGAGCGGAAAAGGAAGGAAGGGCCGGCAAAGAAGAAGAGAGAGAAGAAGAAGUCAAGUGCUCCAAUUGAGGUGCUUUGUGUGUGUCAGAAGAAGGAAAAAUUGACAAAUGUCAAUUGCACAUGAACAUUUCUAUGUGUACGUGCUCUCGGAUUGAGUCCCGAAGAAGAAGAAGAAGCUCUAGAAGAGAGAGAGAAAGAGCUGAUUGUGUUUUGUCCGGACGGAAACACAGAGCUCCGGGAGCAGCCCCAAGAUUGUUGUUGUUUCGCCGGACACUCUCUUUUUCUCUCGAUUUUCUCUGCUGUGGGAUGAAUGAACGGGCAAAGAAAAGUUGUUUUUCCUACUCUACUCGGCGCACAGACCGUCAAAACAUGUGUGUGGAAGGAUAUGCAGUCAAAAAGUUGAAAAUUCAUCCGGUCCCGAGAUAUACUGGUUUGAGGUCGAAAAGGCCGGGUUUUUGCGAAAGAUGUGGUUUUUGUGGCCUCCGAUUCACAUAUCUCGGGACCAGAUGAUCCGAUCGGUCUGAAACUUGGACCCAAUACGCUUCAAUUCAAGUCCAAGAAGCCUGCAAAGUUUGGGCCCGGUCAGAUCAUUACAAGUGGGUCAAAAGUCCAGGCCUGGAAAAGCCUGGGCCGGCCUUUUGCCCAACGCUACUGAAAAAGCAAAAAAUACACGUUUACCGUUAGAUAAUUCGACUUUUCUGUGCGCGAAAACGGACGAAAGGCUCAAUGAGCACUUCUUUCUCUCAAAUUGAAUGAGGCGGAGAAGAAAAAGAAGAAGAAGAAGAAGGGGGGAGGGAGAGAGAAAGAGUCUGGAAAUGUUUUGAUAUCCCUCGAGAGCCGCCGCGAAUAAUGAGCAUUUUGAGGCGGAAAAGGAGAGACACAGAGAAGGAAGAGACAGACAAUUGCACUUCUUCUUCUACUUCUUUUUCGGGGAGCUAUUUUUGGAUGACGAUGAAGAGCUUGGGAGAUUUUGAAGAUUUUUUCAAAUAGAAAUGUUAGUCUAAUCAAAAACCAACGGAUCAAGCUGUUUGAAAUAAUGUUUGUGCUCAAAAACCUGGUCUUUUGAGCAGAAAAUUGCUCAAAAACAUUUUCCGCCGUUUUCCGCUCAAAAAGAUUGGUUUCCUGUGUGUGCUGGAACGCUUUGAACUUUUUUACGAAAGUAGUGUUUUUGGGACCCGAUUUUCCUAAUUUUAUCCCGUUGAAACAGGGUCAAAGAUUGCGUUUUUUUUCUCGCCGGAAAUGUCCCGGACAAAAACAAGGAAAUGAGGUGUUUGGCCUCUGAUUUGAGCCGAAUAUUUCAUCGGCGAAACGGCCAUUUUUCGAGAUAUGUUUGAGUGGAAAAUAUAGUUUUUAUCGGAAAAACGACGCGCCUUACUAAUUGGGGAAUAAAAUUUCUAACUAGAACAAAAAAAGAAUUACAGUCUCACAAUCAGGCAAAUCGUUUCUAAUCUAACUAGCUAAUUCUCGUUUCUAACCGGACCGAUUUCUGAAUCUAGCUAGCUGAUUUUGCAAUUUAAACAUAAUCUAGCUAGGUUUGCCCGAAAUUUUAAUCUAAUUAGAUAAAUUUUGAAUCUAAUAUCAGUGUGUUUGCACCUAAUUAGCUUCGCCAAUUUAAUUAGAAAAUUUAUCAGUCCAGUUAGAAGAAUUUGCAAUCUGAUCGUAAUAAAUUAGCAAUCUAAUUAAGUCCGGUUAGAAACGCGAAUUAGCUAGCUAGAUUACAAACGACGAUAAAUAAUAAAUGCGGUACGAUAAACAAUAAUGCUAGCAACUGUAAGAAUGCACUCGAAAUUGUGGUGAAACUGAAAAAAACAUUGCUUUUUUCGAACUGUUUGGCGCGAAAUUCAUCUUUAAACUGCAAAAUUAGCCACGAAGAACCGAUAGUUUCUCAUUUGUGUCUCGAUAGAACGAUCGAAUAGGUCAAAAGGAAUUCUUAAAGCGCAAGAGCAUAUUUGAAGUUGUAUUGCUAAAUCUGUGCGAAUUUCAGUUUCUUCUCGGUAACUUAGGUCGUCAAGCACUCAAAAAGCUUGUGUUUAUGUGAUUUAUCACUCUUGAAACCGAUUUUGUGUGAAAACGAUCAAGAACUCUGGUAAAUCGAUUAGGGCGAAGGCAAAAAAUCGACUUCCGCAAAAAAGGACCAAAACGUCAGAAACAUCGAGAUUUAUUGUGUUUUAAUCGCUUUCGACUACAAAAAUCAAAAAAGGAAACGUUCUUCUAGCGCUACUAUCCAAGUUUUCAAAAUUGACCAAAAAAAUUUCCGCCAAACACGGGAGGAAACCGGAGAUUUCGGCGGGUUUUCCGACUGAAACACUAGCACAUUCUUCCGUCUUUUCCCUCGAAUUUCGGUCCCCCUGGGAUCGGCAAUUAAGAAGAAAUGCGAGAAGAAUGAGGCAAGAAAUGGGUUGGCUUUGUACAUUUUGCCGUUUUUUUUUUCGCCGGCGAAAAUACGAAAAAUUUGGGACCAGAAGACCGGAACACGAAUUCGGUGGAUGCCGUCGAGAUACACAUUGCGUGAUCGUCCGAAGAUUUCCGCAAAAAGUGACCACACAAUAUCUUUGUUUUUUGUUCCGCUCGGACGCCUCGCAAACUUGUUUUUGUUCGUUUCUGGACGGGCAAAAACGAAAAAGUUUCCCAUGGGAUUUGGCCGGCGGGAAAACGGCGGCGCCACGUUCACCGCCAAUCUUACCUACUCAUCUCCACUCUAUUUUUGUUUAUCCACCCUUUCCUUUCCUUUUUUUUCGGGCUCUUCAAAUUACCUUGAGGGGUUUGAGCGAAAUUGAAAACGUAUUCGAGAAACACGAGCUUCCGGAAUUGCAAAUUAAUCAAAGUUCUCUUACAGGAAUGUGCGGCGCGAAUCGAGCAACUCGAGCAGCAAUCGUCGCUGAAAGAGCAACUGCUCACCUCGAUAAUUGAGGACAAGAAUUUGGGUGAGUUUCUAAUAAAAUAUGUAUAUAUAUAUAUGAGGAAAUGAGCUUAAAAGCCUCCAUCUGACGAGUGGGCGGACGCGGCGAAACGGGAAAAACAAAAAGGACGAGAAAGUUAUUUUUCGCAUAGAAAAAUAACCGAAAAACGAGAACAUUUGCUCUCGUCCAUGUGCUCUUUUGAGAAGAACAAACAUGCGGCUUUUUGACACAUUGCAUUGUUUUUCUAAUGAUCUUUCGAGUUUUUCACAAAAAGGCGAAGGCGGAAAGCGUGAGGCAAAAGGCACCUUUCUGUGUGGACAAGAAGGUGUCCGUCUUAUUCAUCUAGGCGGAAACAACACAUUUCUUGCAAUAAGGAAGGCUACAGAGACUAACACUUUAUCGCUAGUUAAGUACUGAUGCGAAUAAAAAAAAUAACAUCCAAUUUUGAACAUAAGUGCUUUAAUAAUUAUUAUCGCUGAGUUGACAAUGCCUUUUUUGAAUUGUGACAAUGUGAGAUUACAAUACAUUUAUCUCCGAUGCUUUUCAGUGGACGAACUCGAAGGACUCGUACCGUCGGACCUGCGAAAAAGCCGGACUUCGUCGCAGAAUUCAUUGCAGAGAAGUGUCUCGCCGAGCGUUAUUGGUACGUUUUUUUAAAAUAAAAUUGAUAUUUUUGGGAGCUUUCGAUGCGUGCCGUCGGAGAAAUACUGCUUCCUCUCACUCAUUCUCUUUGUGAAUGUGUUUGUUGUGAUCAAUUUAUGAUGUAAACUAACAAAGAGACACAAAAAGCACGCACGAGCAGACGUACUUCGAAAAAAGGUGUUUUGACAGUGACCCAUAGACAUUUCUGCGAGUUUUUUGUUGCUGAUUGUUAGUUUAAAUCGUAAUGAACUCAUUCCCGAAAAAUUAGAAAAAAUGAAUAAGUAGUCUGCGAACAGCACGCAUCAAAAGUUUUGGCGCGCGGAAAAAGGCUUGGGGAGCGCGCCGCCGGCCGGCGAAACGAGCAGCCGACAGUUCACGGGACCUCACAGCCCCCUCGCAAAAAAUCGCUGUGAGAAAUGAAUUGAUUAGAAAAAUGUUUCAAAAUUAUUUGAAAAAUGGUAAGCAUGUGAAUAGCAACAAUCAACUGCAAAUUGCAGAAGACGCGCACACCCUUCAAAACUACAAAGUACGUCGUCACACUGCGACGCAGGAAGAGUUGCUCUACGCGAAUUCGGAGGCGAAUUCGGAGGCGAAUGCGACGGCCGAAAAUCAGAAUUAUGAGGUGACAGGCGGAGCGGAUAACGAUGAAAAGAAGGAGAAGAAGAAGAGAAUGUGAGUGGGCGUUUUUCUUGGGAUUUUUCGACACUUUAUUUCGAAAAGCACAACACACAUUGUUUCCCCGCAUUUUGUGUUCUUACAGCACCCUUUUUCUCUAAAAAGUUAAAAAAAACACUAAUAGCACACACACACACACACACACAAACACAACAAUCGAAAAACCAACCAACCAACCCGAUUUUUUCAUAAUUUUUCGAGAGCAGGAUCAUUGUAGUUUCGUGUAGUUUUGUGUUUUGUCCGUAUCUGUGCGUCAAAUGUGUUGUCCCGUCGGCUUUUGCAUCUAUCCGCUGCUGCCGCCGAGAAAAAGAGCCGAAAUGUUGGCAAAUUUAGCGCUUUCGUCUCGACGUCGCCGGCUUCGACUUCGGCUGGCCUAUUUUCGCGGAACACACGACUCCGGAGUACUGUAGGCGGUACGGUAGGCGGCGGUGGCUCCCGACGAAGUACGCAAACACCGACGAGCAAUGGGAACGGGAACGGAGGAGCGGCGAGCAAAACGACGAUGUCGCCCGGAAAGAAGGGGUAAGGAUGUAGUGACGUGUGAAUAUGUUAAUAUUGUCGAGUUUUGUGAAACCGUGUCAGCGUUGAUUAAUUCGAGAGAUGAUUCGCGUUAUUUUAAGCGCUCGCCGAAGUCUGUAGCAUUUUGUAGGAAUUAGUUAUGAUUUUUCAAAAUUUUCACGUUUCGAGUUUGGGUAUGUUUCUUGUGGUAUCAACCGUAACCUUUCAGAUGUUUUUUCACUUGUUUUCGACAAAAAUCAAUACAUUUUGUUGGAAUUUCAAAAAGUGUUAAAACGCCCGCCAAAAUUCUGUAGUUUGCGAUCAUUUCAGUUUUUCUCAAAGCCUAAACUUAUCUCGACAACUCUACAAUAUCCAUGUCUCGUGUGUGUGCCCUCUAACAUUGUUCUCUCGUAAAUUCAGACUUUCCCGCCUGGCGUCCGUCACAGAGGAUCGCGAAGAGAUCGCAACGUUCGCGGGGACUCAGUCGUACCCGCCGGCGCGUUCCCGUUCGAAUCUGACUGCGUCGAGCCUCCUGCUCCUCAACCCGAAUCGUCCGUUUCUUCUCCCGGCCACGUCUUCUUCUUCUUCUUCGGCCAAGUCGGUUUUUGCGCGAAUCUCGCCCUCAUGGCUCAGCGAUACGUGCGCCGAACUCAUUAUGCGUAACAAUAAUCGGUUUGCCUACCAUUCUCUGCUUCUUUCUUGCAUUUGCAUUCAUUCACUCUUGGUUUUAUCGCACACAACACACUUACACGCAUACACACACAAUAAUAGCACAGAACACUGUCGCCAAUGCAUUGCAUUCGUCGGAUAGCACAUUUAAAGAGCGAUUUAUUGUAGAAAACAAAGCAGAAUAGUGGCGGUGAAGGAGGGAAUGCGCGGAUCGGUGAUCACGCGAACGCACACGCUCGAGGGACACGCACGCGGAGUACUUUCGGUCGACGUGGCCGACAAACUGAUGGUCACCGGAUCCAAAGGUACAACUAUACACUAUAUAUACUCAUGAACAAAAUCGCGGAAAAAACUGUAGCCACCAUUGAAAACAUUGAUCGUUCGUUUCAGACCGCACCGCGAAACUGUGGGACAUUGAGGCCGGCCGUGAGAUCCGAACCCUCGGAGUGCAUCCGAACAACGUUCAUCUCGUCAAGUUCGUUCCGUUCUCCAACUAUGUCUUCACGUUCUCAAUGUACGAGGCGCGUGCGUGGGACUACCGUACUCCCGAGUGCAUUUGUGUCAAAGUGCUCAACUCGUCCGGGCAGGUCAACGAAGGUAAGUGGAAGAAUUUAACCGGAGCCCCAUUCAAGGGUCCGGGUUUCCAAAAAUUAUGUGGCGAGGGUGAGCGGAUGUUACUGUUCGCGCGACCCGUUCUUCGAGUACAAAGUACAAAGUAUAAAUAGGGACCGCAACGGGUUUCACAAAACUCCGAAUUUCCAUAGAAUUUUUGAUGGAAUGUGUUCCCCCACUCUAUAUUAGUACGCUUCCAAUUUUUUUCUCCGAAAUUUUCGGUACAUCCCGAGUUACACCCCUUCAAAAUUGCCCUGUUUUCUCCCCGACCGGCGGCCGAGGAGGGGCGCAGUCGCGCUAGCAAGUUUGCCGCACGCGUUUUUUCUCAUUAGCUGGUGAACCAAACCAAAGAGUCAACAUUUUAAAUGAAGAGAAAUGAUGUUCAAAAAAAGCAAAACAACUUUUGAGGUCAAAAGUUUCGAACCCGACACCUCAAAACAGCUGAACGGGCACUCUGCCACUGCGCCAACCGGGCGGAGGCGCGCGCACCGCCAAUCGCGUUGAAAAACUCGGUGUGCGCUGCCCCUUCCAGGGGUGAAGUUAGUGAAUUUUUGCGCUGAAAUUCGAAACAUAUCGGACUGUAACUUUUUUCGGCGUCUUGGAAAAUUGUCAUGCUAAACGGAAUUUCGUCGAGAAUUUCACGCAGAAUCCGAUUGAGUAAAAAUUAGCCGCGUGUACGGUACCUGUGACCCUCAAAUCCUCGAAAAACUAGAAUUUCGGCUGAAUAGGCUUUACUCAAUUAAACAUAAAAAUGCUCCUAGGGUGGCUAGAGCUCUGAAAAUUUGUAUUUGGGUUCUCAGAGAGUGUAUCUAUUUUUGCUAACUUCAAUGACUUGUGUACUGGAAAACAAUUUCUAGAAAUGCUUGAAACGGUGAAACAUUUGCAGGCGACUCGAUCGACGUGUCGCAAGUGAUGCCCCGCCAGAACACGAUUCCGUUCCUGGAGACGGUGAUCACGGCUGCGGACGUGGACCCGACCGGCCAGCUCCUGUUCACCUCCUUCUCCGCCUACGUCCGGGUGUGGAACCUUCGCGAAUGGAAGCCCCUCGGGCGGCUGAAUGCGGCGUCGCACUCUCCAAAGUCGGAGGUGUCGUGCCUGAAAACGACGAUGACUCCGGAAGGGAGCAUUCUGGCGUACACGGGCAGUCGGGACCACUACGUGAAAGAGUACGAGGUCGGGUUGGGAACGGGCGUCAUCGAGUCCAAGUGCGAAUUCACGCCGCCACACUACGACAAUGUGACGGCCGUGCUGCCGUUGAACGGACACCUCUACACGGCCUCCAAGGAUGUGGUGAGCUUCCUUUUUUGAACAAAUUAGGCCAUUUUUUCCGGUUUUUUACGUCGUGAGCGAUGUUUCUUAAAAAUUAUAAUCAUUUUGCAGAAUAUAAUGAAAUUCUCGCUGAAAGACGGAAAACGCGAGCAUCUGGAGCUGCGCGCCCAUCAACAAUACAUUCAGAGUUUGGCCGGAUUUGGGGUACGCCCAUUUUUCUCAUUUUUUCUAGAAAAUGACAUUUUUGCAGCCAAAAGGCAAAGAAUUGUUGGUUUCUGCGUGCAAAGACGGAACCCUUCGCUUCUGGGACGUCGCUACUUCGAACCGGAUGCGGCUCGUCGAAGAGGUAUUCGAAAAAGAUGGAAUCUGCUAAGCUCCGCCCCGUUUUUCUCAAUUUUUAGUAUUCGAAAGCGCAUCAGGAGGGAAUCAACGACAUGUGCGCGGCAAAAUCGAUGCUUUUCACGGCUUCCGGCGACGCGACCGUCGGAUUCUGGAAAUCGAAUACUGUCGAUCAUUUUUAG